AUGAUGCACCCUUCGCGACAAGCGUAUGUUGAGGAGGCGGCCGAGGAGAUGGACACGGGCAUCGAUCUGGCGAACAUCCCUCUGGAUACGGACUAUGAGAUGCCCGCAUCAGCGGCGGGCAUUCCCUCAGAGCGAGCAUCCGCCAUCCAUGCACAAUUCGAACGAAAGCGACGCGCCGCCGCCAUGGUGGUGCCGACAGACGAUACCCGGGUGCGGCAACGGCUACGAGAGCUCGGCGAGCCCAUUACACUCUUCGGUGAAGGCCCUGCAGAUCGACGAGAUCGGUUGCGUGAGCUGCUGACCGACCUCUCGGAUCGACGAGGUGACGGGGAUGUCGAAAUGGAAGAAGCAGAAGAUGAGGAGGAAGGCGAGCAACAGGAGGAAUUCUACACGGAGGGAUCCGAUGCGCUUCUAGAAGCUAGAAGGGCCAUGGCUCGCUUUUCGCUUCCCCGCGCCAAGGCGAGAGUCGCACGAUUGAAAGAAGAGUCUACCAUCCCACUGCGGACGCACAUAAAGCACCGGAAGGCCGUCAAGGAGAAACUCGGAAACUUUGAUCUUUACGGUUCACAGAUUGCGGGUGAUCGGCCAGUCAGUAUCUGUCGAUUUGCACCGGAUGGCAAGACAAUCGCGGCUGGAAACUGGUCGGGUGAUAUCAGGAUGCUGUCUGUGCCAAAUCUGGAGGAAAAGGCAAACUUGAAAGGCCACACUGAUCGAGUCGGAGGCUUGGCAUGGUUCCCGGGAUCAACGUUACCUGAAUCUGGCGUCUCCUCUUCGAGCGUGAAUCUCGUGUCCGGCGGUGGUGAGGGGAAUAUCAACUUUUGGUCCCUGGACUCGAAUGAGCCUCUAGCCACUCUCUCUGGUCACUCGGGUCGAGUGUGUCGCACCGAGUUCCAUCCAUCGGGCCGCUAUGUGGCGUCUGCAUCCUACGACACAACAUGGCGACUGUGGGACGUGGAGACGACGACAGAACUCCUGCUACAGGAAGGCCAUUCGCGAGAAGUCUACACGGUUGCUUUUAACAACGACGGAUCAUUGCUAGCCAGUGGUGGCUUGGAUAGUAUCGGUCGCAUCUGGGAUUUGCGCACAGGUCGCACCGUGAUGAUCAUGGAAGGGCACGUCCGUGAAAUCUUUGGCCUGGACUGGGGCGUCGACGGGUACCGAGUGCUCUCCGGCUCGGGUGACGGAUGGGUGAAAUGCUGGGAUCUUCGCCAAGUGCGGAACAUUGGAGGCAUCGGAGCGCACAAGAGCGUUGUCUCUGAUCUUCGAUGGUACAAGGGUCUUGAAUCCGCCUCCUUCUUGCCCACAACCGAGGCUUCUAGCGGACAGAUGGACGUGGAUAGUACCCCGGCAACUCCUAAUCCCGCGGGGAUCGAGCCCAAAAAGUCCGGGACUUUCUUUGUGUCCAGUGGCUUUGACAAGAAUGUCAAUGUGUUCAGUGCUGACGACUGGUCUCUGGUAAAGUCUCUCAGUGGGCACUCGGGCAACGUUCUCUCUACCGAUAUCAGCGGUGAUGCGCAAUGGAUUGCGAGCUGUGGUCAUGACCGGACGGUGAAACUUUGGGGCAUUGAGUGA